GAAUUUAUUUCUCACACAGAUAUCAUAACUAUGUUUUUGGAGACCACCUGUUGUAUCACCUCCCUGCUAAAUUUCACGUUAAAGCCGACAUACAGCAACUUCUCGUCUCAGUGGUCCGUGACUCAGAAUGUGAAAUGUAUCCCAGUAUUUCUUCAGAUGAGUCCUAUUCUUUAGUUGUCAAAGAACCAGUGGCUUUGCUCAAGGCCAACAGAGUCUGGGGAGUAUUACGAGGUUUAGAGACCUUUAGCCAGUUAGUAUAUCAAGAUGCAUAUGGGACUUUCACCGUCAAUGAAUCCACCAUUAGUGAUUCUCCAAGGUUUCCUCAUAGAGGAAUUUUAAUUGAUACAGCCAGACACUUUCUGUCAGUUAAGACCAUUCUUAGAACUCUGGAUGCCAUGGCUUUUAAUAAGUUUAAUGUUCUCCACUGGCACAUAGUCGAUGACCAGUCUUUCCCUUAUCAAAGCACCACUUUUCCAGAGUUAAGCAACAAAGGAAGCUAUUCUCUCUCUCAUGUUUAUACACCAAAUGAAGUCCGUGAGGUGAUUGAAUAUGCCCGAUUACGGGGGAUUCGAGUCAUACCGGAAUUUGAUAGCCCCGGACACACACAGUCUUGGGGAAAAGGUCAGGAAGGUCUCCUGACUCCAUGUUAUAGGUCCCAUCAGCCUGAAGCUUCUGGACCUAUAAACCCUACUUUGAAUACAACUUACAGUUUCCUGUAUAAGCUCUUCAAAGAAAUCAGUUGGGUGUUUCCAGAUCGGUUCAUUCACUUGGGAGGAGAUGAAGUGGAAUAUGAUUGUUGGGAGUCCAAUCCAAAUAUCCAGACUUUCAUGAAGCAGAAAGGCUUUGGCACUGAUUUUAGUAAACUAGAAUCUUUCUAUAUUCAAAAGCUUUUGAAUAUUAUUUCAACUCUAAAGAAGGGAUCCAUAGUCUGGCAAGAGGUUUUUGAUAAUAACGCAAAGCUUCAGCCAGGCACUGUAGUUCAAGUAUGGAAAGAGCAAAAUUAUGCUAAGGAACUGAGUUCAAUCACAGCAGCUGGCUUCCCUGUGAUCAUCUCUGCUCCGUGGUACUUGGACAGGAUCAGUUAUGGACAAGACUGGAGACUAUACUAUGCAGUGGAACCUCUCAAUUUUAGUGGUACUCAGGAACAGAAACAACUUGUCAUUGGUGGAGAAGCUUGUCUGUGGGGAGAAUACGUGGAUGCAACUAACCUCUCUCCGAGACUAUGGCCUCGGGCAAGUGCUAUCGGCGAGAGACUCUGGAGUCGGCAAGACGUCAGAAGUUUAGAUGAUGCCUACAGAAGACUAACAGUUCACCGCUGCAGAAUGGUCCGACGCGGAAUAGCUGCAGAACCUCUUUUUACUGGAUAUUGUGACAAUGUGUUGAAAUGAUUUGAAACUAGGAGGGGAAAAGGCCCAGAGCUGUCUACUACAAUCAACUUGUUUUGAAAUCAUGUAAAAUUAAGAUUUGGUACACUGUGUAUAAAUAAAAUAUCUUUGUAUUGAUUGAA